UUUUGUUCUCCAUCUCCCCCUUCAGGUCUGCAGCCCGUGUUUUGGAGCCGGGAAGACGUGGCCCAGUGGCUGCGAUGGGCCGAGAAAGAGUUUGCCCUGCGGCCCAUCACCAGCGGCACUUUCCAGAUGAACGGCAAGGCCCUGCUUCUCCUCACCAAGGAGGACUUCCGCUACAGAUCCCCUCACUCAGGGGAUGUCCUGUAUGAGCUGCUGCAGCACAUACUGAAGCAACGGAAGUCCAGCGUGUUCUGCCCGUCUGCUUACUUUCCUGGCAACUCUUUCCAUCCGCUGCCUGAAAGCGCCGUGCAGCACCUGAAGCUCGAAGAGACGGUACGGCGGGCACCACGUGGUACAGAGCCCCUCCCGCAGAACCCGCCAACCAUCGAGCUGCGGCACCGCCGAUCUCGCUCCCGCUCCCCCCACAACCCGGCUCCACGGAGGUCCCCCCUGGAGCCCAACCGCCCCCGGUCCGCCAACGAAGACCCCCUCCAGACCUUCUCCCAGCUGCCCGACAGCAACCACCACCUGCCGGAGGAAAUGUACCCGCUGUCCGUGUCUCCGGCAGCGCCCAACGGCCCCUGCGCCACGCCCAGGGAAGCCCCGAGCCCGGGGGUCCAGGAGACAGGCCCUCCUCGCAUCAUCCAGCUCAUGCCCAGCACCAUCCUGAACCCGUUGCUCCUCAGCCCGGGCAGGGGCGGCGGGGUCGCCGGCAUGGACUUCAGGCACAGCCGCGCCGUGCCCCCCUCUCAGGUGGUGAUGGAGAACGGGCGUGAGAGCAAGGUGCACGUCCACCAUCACCAGCUGGCUCAGCAGCAGCAGCAUCUGCUGCAGCAGCACCAGCAGGAGGAGGCGCUCUACAGGAACCACGUCAUCAUGCCCGUGUCUCCCCCAGAGGAGCAGCAGAUGCCCAUCGGGCGGAUAGCAGAUUGCAGGCUGCUGUGGGACUACGUCUACCAGCUCCUGUCAGACAGCAGGUACGAGAACUACAUCCGCUGGGAGGAUCCGGACAAUAAAGUCUUCCGCAUCAUGGACCCCAACGGCCUGGCCAGGCUCUGGGGGAACCACAAGAACAGAACCAACAUGACGUACGAGAAGAUGUCGCGAGCACUGAGACACUACUACAAGCUGAACAUCAUCAGGAAAGAGCCGGGGCAGAGACUCCUGUUCAGGUUCAUGAAAACCCCCGACGAGAUCAUGAACGGACAGACGGAGCGGCUGGAGCACCUGGAGUCGGACACAGACGAACAAAUCUACAUCAAGGAGGAAUGCUGAAGAGCUCCAAGGGUGGGGGGGGGGAGCGGGGGGCACGGACUACUUUACUACAACCACAGCCGCCAAUGCCUUUCAGAAGCAGCUUAAAAGACCCACAGCGCUGGGACGCCAGCUCCUGUUGGUCCAAGGGGAGAGAAAAAUG